GCGGUCACACAACGCGCGACGGCACGUGUUGACUGCAUUUAAAAAGCGAUUUUAAUAACAUUUGGCAGGAGUUGCAGUGGCCAAGCAGUCGCACCAGUCGCCUAGCAUGUUCUACCUAAUCGGCCUCGGCCUUGGCGACCUGAAGGACAUCACGGUCAAGGGUCUGGAGAUAGUGAAGCAAUGCAGUCGCGUCUAUCUGGAGAUGUACACCUCGAUUCUGGGCUGCAGCCUUGAGGAUAUGCAAGAGUUCUACGGACGACCGCUGCUGCUGGCCGACCGCGAUCUGGUGGAGCAGGGCGCUGAUGAGAUCCUGGCCGGUGCGGGCGAAUCCGAUGUGGCGCUGCUCGUGGUAGGCGACCCCUUUGGCGCCACCACCCACACAGACUUCAUACUGCGCGCCAAGGAGAAGAACAUCCCCUACAAGGUCAUCCAUAAUGCAUCGAUCAUGAACGCCGUCGGCUGCUGCGGACUGCAAUUGUACAAAUUCGGCGAGACCGUUUCGAUUCCGUACUGGGACGAGACAUGGAAGCCGGACAGUUUCUAUGACAAGAUCAAGCUGAAUCGCCUGCACAACAUGCACACGCUGUGCCUGCUGGACAUCAAGGUGAAGGAGCCCACGCCGGAGUCCUUGAUGCGCAAACGCAAGGAGUACAUGCCACCGCGUUUCAUGACCGUGGCGGAGGCGGCCUAUCAGUUGCUGUCCAUUGUGGAGAAGAAGGACUCGCUGGAAAAGAACACAGUGCUCAACGAGCAGUCACUGUGCGUUGGGCUGGCCCGUGUUGGCCAGGAGUCGCAGCAGAUUGCCGUUGGCACGCUGCUCGAGAUGCGCUCGACCGAUCUGGGCGGACCGCUGCACUCGCUCAUCAUUCCCGCCAAGGAGAUGCAUCCGCUGGAGGUGGAGUUCUUGCAGCAGUAUGCCGCCAGCAUCAAGCUGGACGACUACAACCACUAAUUUCGCUGCGAAAUUACCUAAUUUAGUGUCUAGGAAAUGUCUGUGCAUCUGAAUUGAAUUUACGAAGCAAGAGGAGCUGGAAGCUCAGGAAGAAAGUGAUAUCGCUUGAUGCCACCCGUAUACGUAUGUAGCCUGCCCUGCGGCAGCUGAAAUAAAACCGCAUUCACCCAUCGUA